CCACUUGCGAGUGCUCAUUGAGUUUGAAUAGGCUCUGGGGGAGGUGGGGGACACCGCAGGCUCGCGCAUAAAACAGACAGACUUGCACAGGACUCCCCAGCCCCGAUCGAGACCCAUCUUCCGCCGGACAACGUAACAAAUCAUAAGAGAACAUACCAGACCGUAUAUAGCGCAUCUAUGCAGAGCGGGACCCUCCCAUAGCUCCAGGACCAGGAACCCCUCUUCGUCAGCCGUUGGUCAUCAGCCUACGUGCGGUCUGCCAGAAUAUGAAUACCGCCAGGUUCCUCACGAGGCCGGCCACUUCCUCUCCCCUCCGGACUAUCAUUACCACCUCUUCUAUCAGCAACACCACCCCCCUCUCAAGACCAAUAGCAUCAGCUUCAGUAAAAGCUACCGCCUCGCUCACAACACGCCGGACAACCCCGCCAACAGCCCGCCUCUUUUCCACCACAUCCAAGAUGGCCUCCGCCCAGCAGCUCAUCGACCUCGCCAAGCAGCGCAGGUCCUACUACCCCCUGUCCAAGGACCUGUCCAUCCCCCCCGAGAAGAUCCAGGAGAUCGUCAAGUCCCUGCUGCAGGAGGUCCCCUCGUCCUUCAACUCCCAGUCCAACCGCGUCGUCGUCCUGUUCGGCGCCGAGCACGAGAAGCUGUGGGACAUCACCGCCGAGAUCCUGAAGCCCAUCGUCCCCGCUGAGCAGUGGGAGGGCACCUCCGGCAAGAUGGCCAUGUUCAAGGGCGCUGCCGGAUCCGUCCUCUUCUUCGAAGACCAGGACGUCGUCAACGGAAUGCAGGAGAAGUUCGCCAUCUACGCCGACCGCUUCCCCACGUGGGCCUCGCACUCGGACGCCAUGCUGCAGUUCAGCGUGUGGACCGCCCUCGAGGCCGAGGGCCUGGGCGCCAACCUGCAGCACUACAACCCCCUGAUCGACAACCGCGUCGCCGAGGAGUGGAAGGUCCCCGCCAGCUGGAAGCUGCAGGCCCAGCUCGUCUUUGGCGGCAAGACCGGCGCCGCCGGCGAGAAGGCGUACGCGCCCGUUGAGACCAAGUUCAAGGCCUACGGUGCUUAGAUCGGAUGGUGCUUGCGUAAUAAGAUAUAAGAGAGAGAACAUGAGAAAAGACAUGUUGAGAGGGACGGAGGGACGGUGGAAGAACUACAUGAAAGAUCAGGCUAGAUGGCCUUAGAAGACGCCAAGACCUAGAAUCUUCGUCGGGUCGCUUGCAUUGACCGGCGUGGAGGGGAUGACACCAUAUAUACCACAUAUUUCCAAUAAAUUAUGAACAAAGUCCAAACUCA